CUCACAUGUUGUCAAUACUUGCUCUCGGUCUUCUUGCGAAAACUUGCCUGGCGAGCGAUUUUUGGGUCACAAAAUGGAGCGAGACACCCGUUCAGCCCUGGCACGCCUUGAACGUCUCGUGGGAUGUCAGUCCGCUGCAAACCUUCGCAAUGCUGCCGUCUUUAACAAAGACUUCUCUUUUGGUCGCAGCGGACGCUUGUUCGCGACAAGACUCGGUAUGCCCAAGCCAAGUACAAUCUGGAGACUGGCCUAUGUGGACAUCGUCAGCAGGUCACGUACCAUUUCUCUAUAUGGACGGCGACCUGUUUGAUGGUGACUCUUGGGACGAAACGGUGUCAUGGCCUCUAAAUCUAACAAACGACGUGCAAUGGGUCCAUGAAAGAGCCAUUGUGUGGAAUACCAACAACGAUUCGAAUUCCUUGAACGAUCAAGCAAUUACUUUGACGCACAAUCUUACCGUAAAUUCUCCUGGUGGUCAGCUGUACACCAUGAACGCUGGUUUCUUCUCCUUGUAUGGCGCCGAGAGCAACAAUACAUGGCUAAAUGCCACUGGUUUCAACCAUACGCAAUACCUUCAGUUGGCCACCGCAAAGCAGAAUAAGCUAAUCUCAUCGCUCUCUUACGGGCUUCAAAUUGGGUCUCCAAGUCUUGAUGUCGAACCCAGUCUGAUUCUGGGUGGCUAUGACAGGUCUCGCUGCUUGACCGAGCCUAUCACCACUCAAAAUACGACCUUCAAACUGACUAACAUCUCUGUUGGCACCAAUGGUACUGAUUGGCCCUUCCUGGCUGCACAUGGCGCCAACACCAAUGCUUCUGCGGGACUGCUUACGGGUGAUGAAUCACUACAAGUCUUGGCCAAUCCUGGUGUUCCAUACCUCCAUCUGCCACGCGCUACCUGCGACGCAAUCGCAAAGUACCUCCCCGUUACUUAUGACGAGAACUUGGGACUUUAUCUAUGGGACACUAAGUCGGACUCUCGCCAAUACGACGAGAUUACCACAACAUUUACGUACCUGACAUUCACAUUCAGUGAUGAGUCUACUCAGCAGAAGCAAGAAUUUCACGUACCAUUCUCUCUACUUGAUCUAGAGCUUGAUGCGCCUCUUGCAUCAACCAAGACACCGUACUUCCCAUGCAGGCCAUUUACUCCUCAUGAAGGUCAGCCCUACCAUCUUGGUCGCGCCUUCCUCCAAGCAGCACUUCUAGUGCAAAACUGGGAAACCAACACUACCUGGCUGUCACAAGCCCCGGGACCGAACACGACGAUACCGUCAAGACCUGUUAUCAUAGAACAGAACGACACCACGAUCGCCGAGAUGCCAAGUGCUCCGGACUGGCUGUCCACAUGGAACGGAACACUCAAAGCCUCCAGCGGGACUGGGCUGAACUCUUCAGGCUCUGGCUCAAGUUCAGGCUCCAGUUCCGGCUCAGACUCAAAAUCAGACUCUGCUUCCCUUUCUGGUGGGACAAUCGCAGGAAUCGCCAUAGGCGUAGUGGCAGGUCUCGCUAUUAUUGCCGCAGCUGUAUUCUUCUAUAUCCGCCGUCGUCACUCGAAGGCUGGGUAUGGUGAUGUCGCACUUGUCUCAUUCGACGAGGACGAGAAUGGGCGACAACAAGCACCAAUAUACGAGGACAAGGGAGCGAUGGAGGCUUCGUCUCCGCCUGUCUUCGAAGUUGAGAGUGCGCACAUCGGAGAACUGCCUUCGGAUGGGCCGAACAAGUUUCAACUCGGCGAAUUGCCUUCUAAAACGCAUCCGACAGAAGUAGAUGGUACGGGCAUUGCUGAGCUGCCUGGUCAUGAUGUGGAGCGCCGG